AGUCAGAACGUCCGCAGAUCAGUUCGGAGUCAGUAAUCAGACGGUUUGCAGCAGCAUCGAUUGGCGGGUUCUAACAGGCUGGCGUUCGGUCGACUGCUUCGUAAUAGUAUCUAACCGCAAACAGUUUCGUGCUAGGAAAAUCCUUUUUGCGUGCAAUAAGGUCAGUGGUCGCAGUUGUUAGCCCGAAAGCCGCCACUUCGAUGCGAACCGGUUGAACCUUGUUGAUCUUGACAGUGAUUUUCACGAGCACUUAGUGUCGUGAGUUGCGCGCGAAGAAGAGAGUGGACCAGUUUAACAGCGGAAACCAAGGGUUUCGGUAGUGAGAGUGAGAGUGAAAGAGAACUUAGAGGCCCGAGACACAAUCAAUCGAUCAUCAUGCAGCUGUUGCACGUUGCCGGGUUGUUGCUGAUAUUGAACUUGGGGCUGAGUUACGCCUUUUUGGAACCCGUCCUGUCGGUGUGCAAAAGGAAAGAUCCCAAUGUAGACAAAUGCAUCACGGACAUUGUCGAGCGGAUACGACCCAACAUUGCCAGCGGAAGCUACGGCUCCGAUAACCUACACCCCAAGCUGGAACCGGUGGUCAUCGAAAGGAUCAGCAUCGAGCGUGGACCCUCGUUCUCUGCGAACUUCUCCAAACUCUCCAUCGGUGGUGCGUCACAAUUCAUCAUCAAGAAGCUCAAAACUGAUCUGGCAAAGCAGCACAUCAAUGUGAGUGUCAUCAUCCCAUCGCUCGAUGUCUCCGGAAAGUAUUCUCUGAACAUGAACAUUUUGGUUCUGCGCAUUGCCGGAAAGGGAGACAUCAAGGCCGUUCUGAACGACACCAAGGCGAUCCUGAAGCUGGAAUACUUCAGCGAGAACGUCGGCGGCAAGCAGUUGGCUCGCUUCCGGCCGAUCGACCUGCGGCUCAAGUUCGACAAAGCCAGCUUCUACCUGUCCAAUCUGUUCAACGGGGACCCGACGCUGGAGAAGGUCGGCAACGACGCCAUCAACGAGAACCCGAUGGUGCUGCUGGACGAGGUGAAGCCCUCCUUCGAGGAGAAUCUCUCCAUCAAGUUCACCGAACUGGCAAACAGCCUGGUGAAGGACGCCGAGUUGAGCGAGAUCUUCCCCGAGUAAAGGGUGAAGAUCGAUGAGCGAAGGGCAAAGGGUAUGUCGAGGAGAGUUGCGGACUGACUGACCCGUCAACUGUAAAGCUACUGAUAGUUUGCUACCUGUAUGAAUGAUUAGGCUGUAAGUUUUUCACCUGCCUGCUGGGUGGCUGGAGACUGUAAUAAAAUGGAUUUUAUCUAUAUAUAAGUAUACAAA